AUGAGGCGCAGCGGCAGAUCCCCAGAGGACAUGUCCAAGCAGCUGACGGAGGCGCUCAAUCUCAAAUAUGAGAGAGCUCACCUGGCCUACUUGCUGUGUGUGCAGAAUGUCAGGGAUGCUGAGGCAGGAGUCUACGGCCAAAGGACCAUCACUGGGUUCCUCAGACAGGAAGAUACUCUGGCUCCAUUUGGUGGAUACUCGGAUGGUGAUGGCUGGUGUGGAGUUUCUGUCUCUUCCCACUACCUGGUGGAGUGCCUGGUCCGUGAGUAUCAGCGGCAGGAGGAGCUCCUUACUCUACUGCUUCAGGGGACCUUUGGACAGGCCCUGAGGUCUGAUCACACUCGCAGAGUGGCUAGGAAGGUUGUGCUGUCGUCUGGCACCAUGUCUUCCUAUGCCAUCAUGAAUGAGAACUGGAUGAUCCUGAGCUGGGUGAUGCUGCAGUCAGAGUGUGAUAGGUCCCUUAACCCGUUGUAUGAGGGUCUGUCUCAACGCUACACUGUGGCUGGAGUGGAGAAGGCACGCUACCAGUGGGUGGACAGGGACUGCUGCGCUGCCUUCAAGGUCCUUCAACCUGGGGCUCAGGAGCACUUGUUGGACAGCUGGAGGACCACAGAUGCUAUCCUGGCAGAGGCCACCUCUGGAAAUCUCAAGAACAUUUGCGCAUCAAGGAACAAGUUUAACAAAGACAUUAUUGUCAAGUUGGACUUGUUUCAUUGUAUGCGGCGGUUUACCAGGGAGUGUGUCUCCGAGCAUCAUUCUUUGUACAGCUCCUUCUGCCAGUUCCUCUCAGCAGUGUUCGUUGUGGUGGACCACAGCGAUCUCCAGAAGCUGAAGGAGGCGUACACGUUCUGCAGAAUUUCUCCUGCUAACCCCACAAAGCAGCACAUAAGAGAGCACUGCAGGACAAAGGUGCCACAGCCAAUGAAACUGCUGCAAAGAGUGGAAGACGUCCUCCAUCACUAUUACAUGGCAAAGGAUGCCAAUGAUUUGCUCCUUUUCAAAGACUCAAUGUUAAAGGUGUGGAGGAUCCAGCGCAUCCACAUCCUCCGAGGCUGCCUGAGCGACCCUGAAGUGGGAGAGGGAAUCCUCUACAGGUAUGGUGGCACCCUGCAGCUGAAUUACAACAAGGGCGAGGGAGCUGCCGUGCCUGUGUGGAUCCCUGUGAGAGGCACCUAUCAGCAGGAGGGUUUCCACGGACACCAAGCCCAAUGGGUGACAGGCAACCGGGUGUCCUGUGAAUUAUUCCAGGCCCAAGCUAUGACUGGAGUUGUGCGCUGGAACUACCAGAGGCUGGUGGACCUGAAACAGCCAGAUGUGGAGCUGCCAGCCGUGUUUGACCCCCGGUUGAUUUCAGAGCUUAACACCAUCUCUGUAAAAGUGACAGGAAGGUCCAAAUACCCAGCACUGCAGCUCUCCAACAGGGACACGGGGGAGAGAUUUGGACUGCAGUACGUGGAGCCAGGCUGUCGUCCUGUUGUUUUGAACUGGGACAAGAACAGGGCACAGCCAAACAACCCAGCGGCAGUAGCCAUGGAGACAGAGCAUCAUUGCCCUGCCCCUACUGUUGUAGUGGGCACAGACUCUCAGGAAUCCUGUGUUGAUCCAGUUGGGGCAGUGCCAAUUCUGUCUUCCAGUUCCCGGCAGUCCUCUGAUGUUGUGACCAAGUCCCUGCUGCCUUUGACACAAGCCUCUGCCACACAAAAACCAGAGCCUUUGAUAGAUACAGACUUGACAGGGGUAGCACCGCUGCCUCAGUCCUCCUCUCCUCGAGCCACCCGCACUGGACCAAUUAAAACUGGUGGCCUCAUUCAAGUCUUGGUCAGUGGACAGAACCCAUGA